CUGUUUAACUUGAGUUGUUUGGGCUGAGAGGAGAGAGGUUUCAGUUGAUGUUGCUUCUCCUGGGCCGCAGGGUUCCGCUGUCACUCUACAGACUCACUACCGGCUGUCCUGCAUCCUCACUGCCGAGCUCCGUUCUGAUCUGCACUAAUAAAACUCACAGCGAUAACAAGAGUUACACACAGCACCGUCUUCGUUAGCGGCCAAAAUACAGGAACCAUGCCCGAAAGGAGGCCCUUCGUGCGGUUACCAGCUGACGUUUACCCCGUCAACUAUGGCUUGUGUCUGAAGCCGGACCUGAUCGACUUCACCUUUGAAGGCAAACUGGAGGCGGUGGUGGAGGUUACUCAAGCCACAAAUCAGAUUGUGAUGAACUGCGCUGACAUCGACAUCAUUACAGCUUCCUUUGCACCGCAGGGAGGAGAAGAAUUAAUGGCAACCGGAUUCAACUAUCAAAACGAGGAUGAGAAAGUCACCCUGUCAUUCCCUAGCGCUUUACAGAAAGGCGCCGGCACGUUGAAGGUAGACUUCGUCGGCGAGCUGAACGACAAAAUGAAGGGAUUCUAUAGAAGUAAAUAUUCAAACGCUGCAGGAGAGAGCCGCUAUGCUGCUGUCACACAGUUUGAGGCCACUGACGCUCGCAGAGCUUUCCCCUGUUGGGAUGAACCCGCCAUCAAAGCCACCUUUGACAUCACUCUGAUUGUUCCCAAGGACCGAGUAGCCUUGUCAAAUAUGAAUGUCAUUGAGCGAAAUCCAUAUCUAGAGGAUGAGAACCUGGUGGAAGUGAAGUUUGCCACCACGCCCAUCAUGUCCACGUACCUUGUAGCUUUUGUGAUCGGUGAAUAUGAUUUUGUGGAGGCCCAGUCAUCGGACGGCAUCACGGUACGCGUCUACACGCCUGUCGGGAAGUCAGAACAAGGGAAGUUUGCGCUGGAGGUUGCUACUAAGACCUUACCUUUCUACAAUGACUACUUCAAUGUUCCUUAUCCACUGCCUAAAAUCGAUCUAAUAGCCAUUGCUGAUUUUGCUGCUGGUGCCAUGGAGAACUGGGGCCUUGUGACUUACAGGGAGACGGCUCUGCUGAUCGACCCCAAGAACUCCUGCUCGUCCUCCAGGCAGUGGGUGGCGCUGGUGGUCGGACACGAACUCGCUCACCAGUGGUUCGGAAACUUGGUCACCAUGGAAUGGUGGACCCAUCUGUGGCUCAACGAGGGCUUUGCGUCUUGGAUCGAGUAUCUGUGUGUGGACCACUGCUUCCCAGAGUACGACAUCUGGACCCAGUUUGUCUCCGCAGACUACACCCGCGCUCUGGACCUGGACGCUCUGGACAGCAGCCAUCCCAUCGAGGUGAACGUGGGCCACCCGUCAGAGGUGGAUGAAAUCUUCGACGCCAUCUCCUACAGCAAAGGAGCGUCUGUGAUCCGCAUGCUGCACGACUACACAGGAGACGAGGACUUUAGGAAAGGAAUGAACGCCUACCUGUUGAAGUUCCAACAUAAAAAUGCUUGCACAGAGGACCUAUGGGACUGUCUGGAACAGGCCAGUGGAAAACCCAUCGCUGAAGUCAUGAGCUCGUGGACCAAGCAGAUGGGCUUCCCCAUUAUAGAAGUGGAAGAGGAGCAGCAAGGAGACGACCGCAUUGUGAAGUUAUCUCAGAAGAAGUUCUGUGCCAGUGGACCACACAGCGGUGAGGAUUGCCCCAGCUGGAUGGUCCCCAUCAGUAUUUGUACCAGCGAGGACCCAACAUGCUCCAAGCUGAAGGUUCUGCUGGACAGAGCCGAGACGACCAUCACUCUGAGCGGCGUCCCCACCGAGCAGUGGAUCAAGAUAAACCCCGGCACCGUGGGCUUCUACCGGAUCCAGUACAGCUCGUCCAUGCUGGAGAGGCUGCUGCCCGGAGUCAGAAACCUCAGCCUGCAGCCGGUGGACCGCCUGGGCCUGCAGAACGACCUCUUCUCCCUGUCUCGUGCGGGGAUGAUCAGCACGGUGCAGGUUCUGACGCUCAUGGAGGCGUUUGUGAACGAGCCGAACUACACGGUGUGGAGCGACCUCAGCUGCAACCUGGGCGUUCUGUCCUCGCUGCUGUCGCACACCGACUUCCACGAGGACAUCCAGGAGUUCAUCAGAGACCUCUUCACCCCCAUCGGCCUGGAGCUGGGCUGGGACUGCAAGCCAGGGGAAGGCCACCUGGACGCCCUGCUGAGGAGUCUGGUUCUGGGGAAGCUGGGGAAGGCGGGACACAAACCCACUCUGGAGGAGGCGCGGCGGAGAUUCAGAGACCAUGUGGAGGGGAAGCAGGUCCUGCCUGCAGACCUGAGGAGCCCGGUGUAUUUAACAGUGCUGAAGCAUGGAGACAGUGCCACGUUGGAAAAAAUGAUGGAGCUCCACAAACUGGCAGACAUGCAGGAGGAGAGGAACCGCAUCGAGCGAGUGCUGGGAGCCAUCUCUGCCCCCGACCUCAUCCAGAAAGUCCUCACCUUCGCCCUCUCGGAAGAGGUCCGUCCCCAGGACACAGUGUUAGUGAUCGGAGGCGUCGCUGACAGCAGUAAACAAGGCCGUAAAGCUGCCUGGAAGUUUGUGAAGGACAACUGGGAGGAGCUCUACAACCGCUACCAGGGCGGCUUCCUCAUAUCACGGCUCAUCAAGCUCACAGUUAAUGGAUUUGCUAUCGACAAAAUGGCUGCUGAAAUAAAGAGUUUCUUUGAGAGCCACCCGGCGCCCUCGGCGGAGCGCACGGUGGAGCAGUGCUGCGAGAACAUCCUGCUGAACGCCGCCUGGCUGAAGCGCGACGCAGACGACAUCUCUCAGUAUCUACUGAAGCGCAAAGGCCCCCCCACCGGCUGAGCCCCCGCCCCCCCCCUUCAGCGCGGACCUCCCAGCAUCUUAGCUGCCCCCCCUCCCUUCCCCGACUACAGACCAGAGCGUACGCACAGCAGGCUUCAUUUCUCUAAAGCCAGGAAUUUAACACGGCGAUGGAAACACAGAGAGAGACUCUUUCUACGUUAACAGCAAAUUCAUUUUAGUCAGGAAAGGAAUGUAGUUGUACCCCCAUUCUGCCCCCCCCCCCCCCCCCCCCCCCCCACAGACACGGUAUGACACCGGCGCUCAGCCAAUCGCAGACACAUCCUCAAAAUGAUCUCCACCUGACCCUCCAUCUCUGCAUCAUAGCUGAGAAAACUGUGAAUCCCCCAUUUCCCCCCCCAUAUUCCCCCCCCCCCC